AUGAUAAAUAACAAAAAUUUUUUUUUUUUUUUUUUUUCAAAAAAUAAUUUUAAUUUAGUAAAUAAUUGCCCUGAGGAUGUCUCAGAAAAGAAAAGUAGUAAUGAUGAAAAUUUAGAGACCAUAGUCCGAGUUUGCUUGCCCACGGAAACCUUUUCAAGAAAUGAUGGUGUCGUUAAUAAUAAUAAUAAUAAUGAAGAUACAACCUCACGUUCAAAGGAAAUUACUCCUAUUCCUCCUCCAUUAGGUCUUGAGGAGAUGGGUAUCCCAAUUACCAAUGGUGAAGGUAAUUUAAUACAAUGGAGUAUUGAUUUUGACGAGUUUGCAAAUGCUUAUUCAUCACGUAUUAAAAAGAAGCUCUUAAAGGCCGGUUUUAGCAAUCAACAAUUAGAAGAAAGUUCAAGAUCCUUCUUUGGCCAUGGGCAAGUGCUUGGCUCAACCAAUGAAUUAACAAUUUAUGAUUCGAGGUGGAAUCCGAUUAAGAGUCAACUAACAGAUUCAAGUACACUCACUUUCUUUGUGUCAACCGAUUUAGAUUCAGUAGAACAAAUAACUGCAAAGAUCGUAAAACCAAAAGAUAUCUCGUUUGAAGGUGGUAAAUUUUCAAUAGAACCAAAUAAAGAUUUUUCUGUUCAAAAGCUUCGUUACUAUCGCUUUGAAACAAAAUUAAAUGGUUAUAAAAUUAGCUAUGGUAAUAGUGUCACCAUAGAGUGUUCGAUUACAGGUUGUAAACGAGCUGAUGGCGAUGGUUGUCAUCGCAAAAACAAAAAACCUAGACCCCAACCAAACAUUUAUAGUCUGGCGCUACCAGAGAUUAAGUUUGUUGGGAAACCACACAGAGUCGAACCUCCAAAAUCAGGUGAAGUAAUAGCAAUAGCUAGAAAAAUUGAUGGUGUGGAAUGUAAAAUAGCUGGCCUCUGCUUUUAUAAAUUAUUUUUACUUUCCAAUUAUUUCAAGGCUGGAAGAUCACAUAACCCUAAUAAACCAAGUGAAUAUGAUAGAAGUGGUGGUUUUCAAGUUGUCCUUACCAUUAAAGAAACAAAUGAUCCCUCUAGCAUUUUCUUGGUGAAACAAUUUAGAAAUUCUCAACUACAUGGGAAUCGUUUUGUUAAUACUGCUCAAAGCUAUGACGAUAACGAUUUGUUCCCCCAUUUCGGUAAUCAUUUUACAAUAGGUGGUGAAUCUUAUAAAAAAAAUCAAAAUAAAUUAUUAAGGUUCACAGAUCAAAAUAUUGCUGAAGUUAUUUUGGCCUUAAAAGAGAAUAGCUUAUACUGUUUAAAUGUAUCAUACGACAAUAAGAAUUUAAUUCAACCAAAUGUGCCCCAAUGCACAUUUAAUACAUAG